AGAGCAAAACUCCAAGAAGGGUCACACUGGUGGUUUUUGGCGUGUUAUUUUCGUUUGAUUAGACUUUUAUUAUUCACUUUGAUUCGGCUAAACUUUAAGCAUGGUAUUCCAGUUGCCCACAACAACCGCCGCUCCGAUCGGAGGCGCCUCAUCGUUUUCCUUCGGCCUCAGCACAGGAACACCACCAGCAGCAGCCGCAGCUCCAGGAGCAGCAACCACGGUUCCCGCCACAAAGCCCACAUUCUCGUUUGGACCACCGGCAACUUCUGCUGGUCUCGGUGGCGGCGAUGCAGACAAUAGCAAGACGCAGGCGCCAACGGCGUUUGGAUUUGGCCUGGCGUCCACCACUGCCUCAGCUCCCCUCACGCUGGGCACUCCAGCCGCAAAUCCAGUGUCCACCACUUCUGCGACAGCGAUAGGAACCUCUGCUGCUCCUCCCGCCUUCGGAGGCUUUAUGGCUCAGCCGACGGCAUCAGUGGUGCCCUCCCUAGCCACCAGUACACCAAACACUGCAGCUACCACAACUGGAUUGCUGGGCGGGACAGGAUUGGGAGCUCCCAAGAGCACUGCAGCUGCUCCCACAACUCUGACAGCAGCUCCGGCGGCCAUAGCUCCCACCCUAGGAGCUGCACCUGCCGCAACCUUAAGUACUGGCGGGGCUUUUGCCAAUCUCACUACUGAAACCAAGACCACAGACUCAUCGGCCAUUUCCACGGCGUCCCAGUUGUCCUAUCACCAACUGGAGGAGCAUAUCAACAAGUGGACUCUGGAGUUCGAAGAACAGGAAAAGGUAUUUACCGAACAGGCCACUCAGAUCAAUGCCUGGGACAAGCUGCUCAUCAGCAACAACCAGAAGAUCGUGGAGCUUAACGAUGCCGUGAAAAAGGUGAAAACCGAUCAGCAAGUGCUCGACCAGGAGCUGGAGUUUAUAGCCACCCAGCAAAAAGAGCUUGAGGACAGCCUGGCGCCGCUCGAGAAGGAGUUCGUCAAUCUCCCGAGGGUGGACAUGGAACGCAGCCAAACCUAUUUGAUGGUGGAGAAUCUGGAUACGCAGUUGAAACAGAUGUCCGAGGACCUGAAGGAGAUCAUAGACAACUUGAACGAGGCCAACAAGGGCCAGGACACUACUGAUCCCAUCAUCCAGAUCGGAAAAAUCCUUAAUGCCCACAUGAGUUCGCUGCAGUGGAUCGAAUCGCAGUCGACGAACAUCUGCAAGAAGCUGGACGACAUUGGCAAGAUUCAAGACUCCCAGAAACGCGAUAUCUUCCGAGCUCCCUUCUAACGAUUAGUCUCUUAAACUUGUUAAUUUAAAUAAAGGUUCAAUUGUAA